AUGCAUACUCGAAGUAGGCGUGUGUCCCGGUGCUUAUUCGGCAAACCAGAUCAUGAAGAGUUGGAGAAAUGGCUAACAAAAGAACUUGAAGCUAUUCAAAUAGAACGGGAAAAAGGAUAUGGCUUCGAUUUUAAAAAUGACCAGCCUAUUCCAAGCACUGCAUACAUUGUCGAAGCAGUUCCUGAAAAUGAGGUACCACUUUUCUAUCGAACAACUUAUUAUCCAUCAAGGGAGCGCAUUAAAAAACGAACGGUUUCUGUCGAUUGCAUGGAGCGGAAACUUGAGGGAAAUGGCGAUGUAGUCGCCUAUCAUACGCGAAGUCGCGAUGCACCUGCUGCGAAAUUGAACUUGACUGUGCCAAAGGCUUCAAAAGGUCGUGUUAAAGUUGUGUCACAGUCUCGAGAUGCUAAGAUCCAGCGAUCUGCGUUACUAAAAACACGUGGUGCUCGCAAAAUUUCGCGAAAAUCUGCUCUGCGCAAAAAAUCAAUGAAGCAGUCUCUGUUGACCAAUUACUUACCGGUUGUGAGAAAACGGCGUUCACUUACCCGAUCGGAAUGCAGUGAGUCAUCGAAGUUACCCGAUGAUGUCCAUGUAGAAAUGGAUUGUUUGAGCACUAAAAUCCUCAACUCUAGCAAUUCCGGUGUUAAAACUCGUUGGCAGAGUCGAAGAUGUGAAGAUCCAUCCUCGAGAAGCCUACGCUCUGCAUUUUAA